AUGUCACUGGCUGCUUGUUGCAGCCUCCUUUCAGGUCUUUGGCGAAUGCUUUUGAGGCCUUUCCGGCUUCAGUCGCGUGAAGCGCAGUACAGAGUCCCUUUGAUCGGUGAUGAGCCGCAAAAGGAGGCAGAGCCAGAGGCUCCGCAACUCUCUCAGGACGAGCUUGCAAGGAUUCUUGGCAACACUCUGCCGCAGUCAAAGGCUCCCACAAUACGAGAGUGCGACGAGAAGGUGUUGGAGCAACUGCAGGAGGAAUUCAUAGAAGUUGCACGUGGCUCAGAUUCGCAGGCAGCCCUGGAAGCUGUUCGAGAAGCACCGGCCAAGGUAGUCAAUGCGUGCGAUGAAUGCUCUGGUACAGCUCUGCACUUUCUGGCAGCGGAGGGGCAUGUGCAGGCGUGCGGUGCACUUCUAUCCCGUGACGACUUUGUGGAAAUAAACGCCAGGAAUGGCAUUGGAUCCACUGCACUUCACAUAGCAGCCGCCAACGACGAGGAAGAGAUCUGCAAAAUGAUUCUCGAGUGCCCUAGGUUCACCGCUGGUGCAAGUGUGGCGAACGACAAUGGGCAGACACCAUUGGACUUUGCUCUUGAGUUUGGGACGGGUUUGUGCAGCAGCGUCUUGGAAGCAGCUGGAGGGCAAGGAGGCACUCGGCGGAGAAGAGGUCGACAUAUCUAUGGCAGGACUAUGGUUCCUGAAGAUGAUGAUACGGUCCAGGACAUGGACGAGCUGGACUGA